AUGCAUGCGCGUACCGCGCUAAUGGCGCUGGCUGCGCUGGGGGCGCUGGCGUGGAGCGAGGCUGAGCGUGGCGCUGGCAUCAAGGUCGGCGGCGGAGUGACGGGUGCUGGGCGCGAGGCAGCCAGGGGGGGCGGGGUACGGAUUGGCGGCGACGGGCUGCGGCGACCCCGCACCUCCCCCGCCCCGCAGGCCCCUCGCGCACCCUCCGUCAUCACCGCAGCCCUCGUCGUGCCUCAUAAGGCCUUCGGUGCACGCGAUUAUACCAGAGCUGAGAAGGCCGCUCUGUCCAAACUGCCGCGCAAACUUAAACUAUUUUCACAAGUGCGCCUAAACGUUACGCUUUCGAUGCAAGGCCUUACGCCUAGUCCCAUGUCUAUCUUGGACUCGCUAUGUAAGGAAUUUUUAGCAGUUAACGUAUCUGCUAUACUUUAUCUUAUGAAUCAUGAACAAUACGGGCGAUCUACUGCCUCUGCACAAUAUUUUCUACAACUCGCCGGAUAUCUUGGCAUACCGGUCAUUGCAUGGAAUGCUGACAAUAGCGGUCUUGAAAAGCAUGCGUCACACGCGUCACUGCGGUUGCAAUUAGCGCCUACUAUCGAACACCAGACGGCCGCUAUGCUCUCUAUACUAGAGAGAUACAAAUGGCAUCAGUUUAGUGUCGUCACAUCAGCUAUUGCUGGUCACGACGACUUCAUACAAGCCGUGCGGGAGAGAGUCUCGGCUCUUCAAGACCGCUUUAAAUUUACGAUCCUCAAUGCUGUGGUUGUGAAAAAACCGGCAGAUUUAAACGAGCUGGUGACGAGUGAGGCGCGCGUGAUGUUGUUGUACGCGACAAGAGAGGAGGCGGCUGACAUACUGUCUUCAGCUGGCGAUCUUCACCUCACUGGAGAGAAUUUCGUUUGGAUUGUCACCCAAAGUGUGCUGGGCUCUAUGCAACAGCCAAACAAAUUUCCUGUUGGCAUGCUAGGUGUACACUUCGACACAUCGAGUUCGUCAAUUAUAUCUGAGAUCGCAACCGCUGUUAAAGUUUUCGCCUACGGAGUGGAGUCCUAUGUGUCUGAACCAGAAAACAUUAGAUAUCCUCUGGGAACUAGGUUAUCUUGUAGCGGAGUAGGCACGGGUGAAGCUCGAUGGUCUACUGGUGAAAGAUUUUAUCGGCAUCUUCGUAAUGUCAGCGUGGAAGGAGAGUCGGGUAGACCGAGUAUAGAAUUUACUCCAGAUGGCGAACUUCGGGCUGCCGAGUUAAAAAUAAUGAAUUUAAGACCAACACUCGGUGAACAGCUUGUUUGGGAAGAAAUUGGAACUUGGAAUUCAUAUCCCAAGGAACGGUUGGUAAUUAAGGAUAUAGUUUGGCCAGGUGGGUUACACACACCACCGCAGGGUGUACCAGAAAAAUUCCAUAUGCGUAUAACGUUUCUAGAAGAACCGCCUUACAUUAAUCUGGCACCACCGGACCCUGUCAGUGGGAGAUGCUCUUUAGAUCGUGGAGUCAUAUGUAGGGUCGCACCUGAGAUUGAAGUAGCAGGACUGGAAGCAGGGACCGCACACAGAAACAGUUCGUUGUAUCAAUGUUGUAGUGGAUUUUGCAUAGAUUUGCUUCAACAAUUAGCGGAACAUCUGGGAUUCACUUACGAACUCGUUCGAGUAGAGGAUGGCCGUUGGGGUACCUUACACCAUGGAAAAUGGAACGGCUUGAUUGCGGAACUUGUAAACAAAAAAACUGAUAUGGUUUUAACAUCAUUAAUAAUCAAUUCAGAUCGAGAAGCUGUUGUAGAUUUUAGUGUGCCAUUCAUGGAAACUGGUGUGGCCAUAGUGGUUGCUAAGCGAACUGGUAUUAUUUCACCGACAGCAUUCCUCGAACCAUUCGACACAGCUUCUUGGAUGCUGGUCGGAGCGGUUGCCAUUCAAGCCGCCACAUUUUCUAUAUUUUUUUUCGAAUGGUUAUCACCUAGCGGUUUCGAUUGCUCAACGGGAACUAAUUCCAAACGAAUUCCUCAGAACAGAUUCUCGCUGUGUCGAACUUACUGGAUCGUAUGGGCGGUGUUGUUUCAGGCAUCAGUCCACGUGGACUCGCCUAGAGGAUUCACAGCUCGGUUUAUGACGAAUAUGUGGGCGAUGUUCGCGGUAGUGUUCCUCGCUAUAUACACGGCCAAUUUAGCCGCGUUCAUGAUCACACGAGAAGAAUUCCAUGAGCUGAGCGGGCUGGACGACCCUCGCAUCGCCCGCCCUCUAACACAACGACCCGCACUCAAGUUCGGGACAGUACCCUGGUCCCACACUGACGCUACGCUCGCGAAAUACUUUCCCGAGCCCCACGCUUAUAUGGCCUCAUACAACAGAAGUACUGUGAGUGCUGGUGUGACGAGCGUCUUGACGGGGGAUCUCGAUGCGUUUAUCUAUGAUGGCACAGUGUUGGACUACCUCGUCUCUCAAGAUGAGGACUGCCGAUUAUUAACCGUAGGCUCGUGGUACGCGAUGUCGGGUUAUGGGUUGGCAUUUACCAGAAAUUCUAAAUAUCUGAGCAUGUUUAAUAAAAGAUUACUCGAUCUACGCUCCAACGGGGACCUAGAGCGGUUACGAAGAUACUGGAUGACGGGAACGUGUAAGCCAAACAAGCAAGAGCAUAAAUCAUCUGAUCCGUUGGCGUUGGAGCAGUUCCUGUCCGCGUUCUUGCUGCUGAUGGCGGGCAUCCUGCUUGCAGCACUACUGCUGCUGCUGGAGCACGUGUACUUCAGAUACAUGAGGGAGCACCUGGCUGCGUCUAGCGCCAGCGCGUGUUGUGCCCUCGUGUCAUUAUCAAUGGGACAAUCAUUAACCUUCCACGGGGCAGUAGUUGAAGCGGCAGCACGGGGCUUCGGUCCCGGUAAGCGCGGGCACUGCCGUUCCGCCGUCUGCGCUGCACAGGUGUGGCGAGCUCGUCACGAGCGUGACGCGGCGGUGGCUCGUGCUCGUCAGCUGGCGGCGGCGUUGGCGGCUCACGGGCUGCAGCCUCCACCGCGCCGCCUUGCCUCGGCCGCCGCGUUGCUCGCCGCCGGGCGAGCUCAUGACGCGACUCGGCCGCGGACACUACACGCUCCCGCCGAUUUGCUGCCCGACCUCGAGCGACCGCUCUCCUGCGGCGAUCUGCGCGCAAGAGAGCGGACGCGUGUAGAAAUGGAAACAGUGCUGUGA